GCGCUCGCUUUGAUUUCGGGCGCCCGCGCCAGCUCAGGCAGGGAUUGGUGGCGCUGCGAGGGUCGGGCGCACGUCACUUCCAGCUGCGGCCGGUCGCGACCUCCCCCUCGCGCUAUGACCGCCAGCGCGGAGCCGCAAAGGCGACGGCCCGGAGUCGGAGUCGGAGUCCUGGUGACCAGCUCCCGGCAUCCCGGUUGUGUCCUCCUGGGGAAGAGGAAAGGGACGAUUGGAGCAGGCAGUUUCCAACUUCCCGGGGGUCAUCUGGAGUUCGGUGAAAGUUGGGAAGAAUGUGCUCAAAGGGAAACCUGGGAAGAAGCAGCUCUUCAUCUGAAAAAUGUUCGCUUUGCCUCAGUUGUGAAUUCUUUCGUUGAGAAAGAGAAUUACCAUUAUGUCACUAUAUUAAUGAAAGGAGAGGUGGACAUGACUCAUGAUCCAGAACCAAAGAAUGUGGAGCCUGACAAAAAUGAAAGUUGGGAGUGGGUUCCUUGGGAAGAAUUUCCUCCACUAGACCAGCUUUUCUGGGGACUGCGUUGUUUAAAGAAACAAGGCUAUGAUCCAUUUAAAGAAGAUUUGAACCAUCUGGUAGGAUACAAAGGAAAUCAUCUCUAGGUGACCCAGAAAAUUUCUUGAUAUUUUUUUUAAAAGACAAAAAUAAUGUCUGGUUAGGGCAUGAAAAAUAUCUGUAUUUCACAACAACUCCAUUUUAUCUAAAAAGUUCCUUAUGAUUGCCAAUUUAUUUGUUGUCUGUUAAUAUACCCACCACCUUUCAGUCAGUACUUGAGAAAAGUUUUGUGAAAUAUGUUAUUGAAUUGUAUUAUGGAUGCAGAAUGGAUGAUAAAUAGUGACAUUGUGGUUAAUCUGCUCUCCAUAUUUACCUGUGAUGUUUACUGUGCAGUUGUCAUUGCCAGCUUGCAUGCGGUGGGGAUAAUAGAAUUUGUCUUAGUGUUUCAGUUCAAAUAUAGAUCCUAAUUCAAAUAUUGUAGUUCAGAUUUAAACACAGUAUGUCUGAUGCAGAAUUUACUGUGUUUGUUGAAUUACCUCUUCUUUUUUAUUUAUAAAAUUUUGGUGGCGUUAAUAUAUUGUGACAGUCUUUGCAACUAGAGGGAACAGGACAGGACAUUAGGGUCUAUUUCUCAGGUUUCUGAUUGAGAACCUAAGCCGAGAGAAGUGAGACAGACCAUCUAAGAUCUGUAUCCUACCAUUAACCCACUAACAGGCCAUGUGAUUGUGGAUUUCUCACUUACUCUGAGAUCUAGUGUCCUACUAUGUAAAAUGAGGAGAUUACCUAGAACAGUGGUUCUCAAAGUAUGGUCUAGGGGGUCCUAAAGAACCUUUCAAGGAUACUCAAGGUCAAAGUUAUGUUUAUAAUACUAAGAUGUCAUUUAUCUUUUUUCACUUCUAUUCUUUCAUGAGCGUACAGAGUUUUUCAGGGGGUGCCUGACGUGUGAUACUGUAACAGACUGAAUGCAGGAGCAGAUUUGAGAAUCCAACUGUCUUCUCUUAAGUCAGAUAUUAAAGAGAUUUACAAAAAUGUAAAGCAAUGCCACUCUUCUUACGAAUGAUUUUUUGUGUGUGUUUUAGGAAAAUAGUUACUUUUUAAAAAAGUUAUUUAUGUUAACGUGUAUUGGG